AUGAUGGUGCUCGCCUUUUUCUUCCCCACACCCAGCUCUGUUCGUCUUCUUGCAUCUCGCGCCAGUAUAGCCUAUCCUGGUCAGUACACGCCUUCGGCGUGCUUUGCCGCUGGCUCCACUGAUCGGGCAUCCAUUUCUGCUCUUGUCCCGAUCAUGCCGGCGCGUCGGCUGCUGGAAAUAGAGCCUCCAGGCCCCAUCCGUUACAUCCUGGGCGCGGUGCUGAUGCUGGUGGGGGUCGUGCUGCCGCUCACCUACUUCAUGUUCCGAUCCAAGCGAACCCCGCCUCCUUCGUUCAAGCAGACGUAG